AUGUUGGAAGUCGUGGAGCCAGUGGAUGAAUCUAGGACAGCAAUCGCCUUCGCCACGGAACCGAUCUUUGCAUCGCUGUCAAAUCUUCUUGGAAACUACGAAAACCUGCCAUCAGUCUCAGAGGAUAUCCGCAAGUUUGAACUGGAUGAGCUGGAGGUUCAAAAAGGAUUGCUGCAGGUCGGAAAAGGACUCCAAUUCUGUCACAACGACGCUAAAAUUGUUCAUGGAAACUUGGUACCCGACGCCAUCUUCGUCAAUGCUAAAGGAGACUGGAAGAUUGCAGGCUUUGGAUUCAGCACUUUUCUUCCACGGGAUGCGAGCUCACCUCCUCCAGCCGAAUACUGGAAUUACGACCACGAACUUCAUUCAUACUGCCAGCGGGAUCUGGACUACCAGGCUCCUGAGUAUAUCCUGGAUCACAAGCUGGACCCAUCCAACGACAUGUUCGGGAUCGGUUGCUUGGCCUACUCGGUUCUAAACAAAGGAAACCCUUUUAUCCAGUCUCGCAGCAACAUGAACACCUACCGCCAACAAAUCGACAGAAUCAGCCAGCACCAGUUUGAGAAGCUCCCUGCUCACCUUGCAGACGCCAUGACCCGACUGAUCACCAGGGAGCCAAGCAUGAGAAUGAAUGCAGUGGAGUUCCAGACCAGCAAGUUCUUCGACAACAUCCUCGUGUCGACGAUGAAGUACAUGGAAAACUUUGCGGAGAAAACCCGGGAUGACAAGGGACAGUUCAUGAAGGGCUUGCUCCGUGUCCUUCCUCAGUUCCCAGAGAGGGUUCUCAUGAGAAAGAUCCUCCCCUGUUUGCUGGAUGAGCUCAAGGACCAUGCUCUGUUGCCAUAUACCCUUCCAAACGUGUUUUACAUCAUCCAAAAGAUGUCGCCCAAGGAAUUUGAGGAGAGAGUCUUGCCUUCGCUGAAGCCCAUCUUUUUGGUCCGGGAGCCCGUGCAGAACUUGUUGACACUCCUGGAGAAGAUCGAGCUUUUACACCAGAAGGCCGGAGGACAAGUGUUCAAGGAGGACAUUAUGCCGCUCGUCUACUGCGCUCUGGAACCCAAGAACCCACCCUCUGUUCAAGAAAAGGCGCUUAAGACUGUUCCCUCCAUCAUGGAGGCUCUGGACUACACUACCGUCAAAGCUUCGCUCUUCCCCAGAAUUGCUACCCUUUUUUCUCAAACGACAACCCUUUCCGUCAAGGUCAACACCCUCCUCUGCUUCCUCACCAUCAUGAAAAUCCUGGACAAGUUCACCAUCACGGAAAAGUUGAUUCCGCUGUUGCGCAACAUCAAGACCCGCGAAGUCAAUGUCACAAUGGCGACAUUGCAAGUGUACCAGGAGAUGGGCAAGUACGUGGACAAGGAAGUCAUCGGAAACAGCAUCUUGCCUUCGCUGUGGGGCCUGGCUCUCGGUCCCAACCUCAAGGCAGAACAGUUCGAGUAUUUCAUGUCGACGAUCAACGAGCUCUCGACCAAGGUCCACCAGCAACACUUGCGACACCUUCAGGAAUUGAAGAAACUUGAGGAUCAGACAAAGAGCUUUGCUGCCAGCUCAGACCCAACAGCGGUUACCAAUGGAACUGGAUCGACCUUGAAUGACUUUGAAAAGUUGGUCGGAGGAGGCGGCGUACCAAGUGCGACCUCCGGAACAAUCACGCCUAACACUGCGCGCCAAACGUCCUCCGAUAACCCCUUUAAGAUUGCAUCCGACAAUCCAUUCUCUCCCAGCAGCAACGGCCAGGAUUCUCCAAUGGACAUGUUUGGCGACAUGGCUUCAGCACUCCCUCCGAUGCCAUCAAAGCCUUUGGGAUUCAACACGGCAAGUACCCCAGUGAUGAAGCCAGCAACUCCAAUGAUGUUUGGCGCUACGACGAACGACUCGUCCUCGAUGAGUGGAUUCGGAUCAAGACCUAUGACCCCGACAAGCAACUCGGGCUUCCAGUCACAACAGCACAACCAGAAUGGAUUCGGCGGACAGCGCACAUCGACAAGCAGCAACGCGUCAACCCCAACGGCUGCCGCAUCGUCGUUCACUAUACCCCCACUCAACAAAUCUCUCACAGGAUCGUCGACUUCAUCCAACUACUCAUCCUCUGCCAGGCCACCGUUCUCUCAGCCUCAGCAGAAACCAGCAGGAACACCUCCUCUUUCACACACUCUUGGCAACAUGUCCACGUCAUCGUCGGCCUUUGGAGGAUUCCAGUCGGCUGCACCAUCCAUUCAACCCAUGGCAGCCGGCGGCAUGGGUGGAUUCCAGUCGCAGUCAUCAAACAAUAACAAUGGAUUCAGUACUGGCAUGGGACUGGGCAUGUCCUCGAACAAUACCAACAACAGCUCUGGAAUGGGAAUGGGCAUGGGUAUGGGCAUGGGUAUGUCUGGUUCUACCUUGACCACUUCACGACCUGCGUCAACGGGGAUGGGCAUGACGCCCAUGGCACCCAUGAUGCCUCUUCAGCCCAUGAACGCAAGUUCUGUCGGCGCAAACAAGUUUGGACAGAACAACCAGCAGCACAAGGGCAAGAACUCUGACCUUGGCAUGUUUGAUCCCUUUUCAUAA